CCCGCCCCAGCGAUGGCCGCCGCCGGCUGCCGGGCUUGGGGCCCUGGAGUGCGGCUUUGAGUGGGCCCGGCUGCUGGGCCGCCGGCUCCGGCGCAUGGAACUCCUCCGAGGCGGGGCCGCGUGCGCUCGGGCCAUGGCGCGCCUGGGCGCUGUGCGCUCGCACUACUGCGCGCUGCUGCUGGCCGCGGCGCUGGCGGUGUGCGCCUUCUACUACCUGGGCUCGGGCCGGGAGACCUUCUCCAGCGCCACCAAGAGGCUAAAGGAGGCCCGCGCCGGGGCCGCUGUGCCCACGCCGCCCGCGCCCGAGCUGGCCCGGGGCUCCGCGGCGCCGGCCUCGGGUGCCAAGGCCAAGAGCCUGGAGGGCGGCGUGGCGGUCCCGGUGGACUACCACCUGCUGAUGAUGUUCACCAAGGCGGAGCACAACGCGGCGCUGCAGGCCAAGGCUCGAGUAGCGCUGCGCUCCCUGCUGCGCCUCGCCAAGUUCGAGGCGCACGAGGUGCUUAACCUCCACUUCGUGAGCGAGGAGGCCAGCCGCGAGGUGGCCAAGGCCCUGCUGCGGGAGCUCCUGCCGCCCGCCGCCGGCUUCAAGUGCAAGGUCAUCUUCCAUGAUGUUGCUGUGCUGACAGACAAGCUCUUCCCCGUUGUGGAGGCCAUGCAGAAGUACUUCAGUGCUGGCUCAGGGACCUACUACAGCGACUCCAUCUUCUUCCUCUCAGUUGCCAUGCACCAGAUCAUGCCCAAAGAGAUCCUGAGGAUCAUUCAGCUGGACUUGGACCUGAAGUAUAAGACCAACAUCCGGGAGCUGUUCGAGGAGUUUGACAACUUCCCGCCAGGCGCUGUUAUCGGCAUAGCCAGAGAGAUGCAGCCUGUGUACAGGCACACAUUCUGGCAGUUCCGCCAUGAGAACCCCAAGACCAGAGUUGGGGAUCCUCCACCUGAAGGACUCCCCGGCUUCAACAGUGGGGUAAUGCUGCUGAACCUGGAGGCCAUGCGCCAGUCUCCACUCUAUAGCCAUCUGCUGGAGCCCACGUGGGUGCAGCAGCUUGCUGACAAGUACCACUUCCGGGGCCACCUGGGAGACCAGGACUUCUUCACCAUGAUUGGCAUGGAGCACCCUGAACUCUUCCAUGUGCUGGACUGCACCUGGAACCGGCAGUUGUGCACCUGGUGGAGGGACCAUGGCUACAGCGAUGUCUUCCAGGCAUACUUUCACUGUGAGGGCCACGUCAAGAUCUACCAUGGGAACUGCAACACACCAAUCCCGGAGGACUAGGCACCAGCUCACCCUCGAUGCCAGUGGGGCUCCCGGGCCUUGGGUAGAGAGACUCUGCUAGGAUGCCCUUUAGGGGCCAGGUGCUGCACACCUCCCAGCUGGCUGGUUCCUGUCCAGCCGCCAUCCAAAGAAGCUUAGCUGAGCCUGCCGCUCAGGCCGUUUUCCUCCUGGGCAUCCUGAAGGACAGACACAGGUGUCUUCCAGUAGGUGGUUGAAGAUACAGACAGAAGGAGAAUUGCACCCUGUCCACAUAGAAUCAAAACCCUUGUAAAGAACUGGCUUUUGUUAGACCAAAUAAGCAUUUCGGGUGGCAGGCUCUAAUGCUUUGUAAGAGAAGAGGCGGAUGCUACUGUGGCUCCCAGUGAGCACUGAAUGCCAAGUCAGGGUUUUAACGAGCAGGCCAGGGCUUAAGCCUCCAAAGGAGUGCCAUAGUCCCACAUCCUUUCCCAGGAGGCUUUGCACAUCCUCCAGAUGUUCAUGUUGCUUGGUGCCGGCUUCAAGAAGCAGCACCUCUUUAGAUAAAGUCUGAGCACAUAAUAAUCCCCUUAUUAUAGCGUCUACAGCUCUUAUCCCUACCAUUUCCCAGAACCCCAUCUUCUCUUGUCCGUCUACCUGCUCCAGGUGACCUGAAGGAAUCAAAUCUAUCAUCAAAGACAGAGAUUGGCCAUGCCAAGGCAUGCACUAGACUCACUCCAAGGAGUAGCCUCAAGUCUCGAGUACUAGGUCCCAAGUACAAUUGGGUGGGCUUGGAAAGGGGUGGCCUCCUGGUCUCUUUGUAGGCUCUGGAGAGGAGAAAAACAAACUCAUGAUUUCCCACUGCACCAUGCCAGUCCCUCCCCCUUCCCACAAGUGAGGACCAUUUCUCUAGCUACUUGAGAUGGACUCUGUAAGUCAGCUGCCCACAUGAAGCCCCCACAGGCCAUGUCUGUACAGUCCAGCUCCUGUCCUCAGGAAAGAAAUGGGAGGUUCUGAUUGUAGAUUCUUUCAGUGCCAUGAGUGACACUAAUCAAUAGACUUUGAGAACACUUGAGUCAUAGUGUUUGUUCUCUGGCUCUGGAUGAAGAGUAGGAUCAGUAUCAACCAGAAGACCGAAAAGGACCAAGUGGCAGGCCUGCUUGUGGGUGCCAGGGGGUUGGUACUGCUGUGUUUGGUUCCAAGUGCAGAACUAUCAUCUCAUUCUAGCUAUUGGCAGGCUCAGCUGCUGCCAGGAACAAGCCCAGAUGUCUCUGGCUCCUUAGCCCAGACCUCCCAGUUCCAUUCAUGCUGGUGAGGUGGCACACUCCUUCACUGGCCCUAUGCUGGGCCCAGUUCAUCUGUUCUCCUAGCUACUUGAUUUCCUAUUCAUAGUGUCUGGUUAUUAGGUGCCUGCGGUGUGACAGGCAUCGUCUUAAGGAUUUAUAUGUGCCCUAGAUAAUAUUCAUGAAAACCUCAGCCAGUUCAUUCCAGCGCAAAACUGAUGUAUGAAAAUAGAGACAUGGACAGGUCCUCUGCUGUGGUUUUUACUGAAGCUUUUUACUGUGCAAAAAUGUUGGAAACAGCUUAAAACGUUGGCUAGGGAGGCAGCUAAAUAAUGCAUACUGCAAUCAUAUGGUAGAAUAUAUUAGGAAUCAUUUGAAGGAAUAUUUAAUGUACCAGGAAAUACGCUAGUGAGUAAAGAAUAUACAAGAUAAGAUUGUAUUGUUUCCUUUUAUCUUUUAAUUAUAUAUGUGUGCAUCCAUAUGUAUUUGUUACAAACAGGUACAUACAUGAAAUGCAUAUGUAUAUGUGAAAGAGAAAGAUUUAAGAACAAGCCUAUUCUGUAUUUUAUUAGUUCAACUCCUCAAAGACCAUGCUUCAGCCACAUGAACAAAACAGUUAUCUCGUUGGAAUGGGGGGAUUAAAGAACAGGAUGUUUUUUACAUUCACAAUAACAGGUGAAUUUUUCAUUAAGAAUUAAAGUGUUUCUUGGACUGGA